CGGACAGCCGUAAAGGUUGAAAGCCUAGGACCAUGGAUUCAUGCGAGCAGAUUGAAAAAGGGUCCCUUGAAGAUAAAGACCCCAGAAGCCCCGAUGGCUCCCCCCUUGGAGCGAGGGCUCAAGAACAAGGAGGACGCAAAGCCAGAGACCCUGAUGGCUCCCUCCAUAGAGCAAGGGUCCGGGAAAACCAGCACUUAACUGCCAAUCAGGUGUACAAUAGAAUGAUAAGAGGAGGGAAAUACUGUGGACUAUUGCUUAUAUUGUUUGUGGUGACUGCUACGGGGGUUUGCUACUUCACCCCAGGUUGCCAUGGGAUACAUGGAAUGCAUGGGGUGGGAAAAGGCCAAGACCCAAAAUUAGUCAUGGUAGGGAAGAGAUUCAUUAGAUGGCGAACCAGAGAUCAAUAUUGGGAUUCAAAGGGUAAUAUCUGGAAGCUUUGCUGUGUCAAAUUUGACUGGGUGAGGAGGAUUCCCAAAGGCCACCUAACGGGUUAUACAGAGACGGACCUAGCCUGUAAAAUUAAAGCAACCAUGUUUUUCUAUAAUGACACAGUAGGGAAACCGCUUAGGUUCUGUAUUCCCAGGGAACAUACGGUAACUAAAACACUGGUGUCACGUUUGAAAAAGGUAAACGCAGGGUUGUCCACAAAGGAGGUGGUGGAUGAUCCUCUGUUCUUUCAAAGAAUAGAUGAAUCUCUUAAUAUCAAUCAAAGAGAUAACAAACCUAUAAAGAACAAUGUUGACAAAGCGAAAGUGUAUGGAACAAAGGUGUUUAAGUCCAUGGGACCUGUGGGGAACCCAAAGAAAUAUGAGGAGGUCCCCACUGUUCCCCACCACUGGGCAUUAAUGUAUAAAUAUGGACAAUUAACAGGGCAGAAAGAGAACUGCUGGGUAUGCUCCAAAAUACAUUCUAAUGAGGGUAAGAUCCCGGUUAUAGGCUUACCAGUGACAUUGCCUCAAUUUGUGGCCGCUGCAGGUAAGACCCCCAUGAGAAGGGUUACCAGGACUGAUAGACCAGUGUACUUUAGAAAAUUUUCUAAACACCCCAACCUCUGUUUUUUGAAUGGUGUGGUAACACAUGAAGGUCAGAUAGCAAAUGGAGAAUGGUGUCGAGAAUCUGUGAUGAAUAUGACUAUUAGGAAUGUUGCGGCAUGGGAGGAGGACAAGUCCUUAGAAAUUGAAGGAUUGGGAAUUAAACUUACUGAGAUGAAUGAUGGAGAUGAGAGAGUGGGAAAUAUGAGUUUGUAUAACAUAAGCCAUUGUUUUAGGAUGAGGAAGCCCAAUGACACUGUUAACCAGGUUCUCUCCUCCCUACAUAAUGUAAGUACUCCAUGGAUAUCCCCCCAAUCUGAGUUUGUGCCUCUUGUAGACUGGAUGUGCCUGACGGGUCUACGAACUCCUAUGCAUGGGGAGGAGGUGGUGGAAGCACCACACCUUCCCCAGGGAUUUAUGGUCUGUUGUGGACUGGCUUGUCAUACCACCAUCCCAUAUCCCACCGAUAGAAACACAGGGGGAUGGUGUUCCCUUAUGUACAUGGUUCCUUAUAUGGGAGUAGCAAGUGGAGAAACCAUGAUGGAAAUGAACAAACCGUCAGGGAGUUUGAAAAUAAGAUCCAAACGAGAUGUAACAAGUCUCUGGGAAAAAUUACUGACUUUACUCCCAGGAGGAAGUAUUAAUGCCCUAACCAGAGUAGAUGAAUUUUCAAGUCUGGUAAUGUCUUGGAUGAAUAAAACUGACAAGGACAUUACUGAUUUGAAUGAGGAAACUUAUAAAAUAAGACUGUUGCAAGAAAUGACAAACCUACAGUUGGAAAAGAUGGGAGAUAUUGUUGUAGGGCUAUGUAUAUUACAUGAACAAGCAGAUAUGUGUUGCACAUUCAUGAAAAAUCUUACUAAGGCCAUUGGAGAAAUUACUGUUCCUGAUUACCAUGACCAAAUAGAAGCCCACCACAAUGAGAGAAUGUCCCUGGUGAAUCAAAUGCAACACAUGGGAGAUGCUUGGGAUCCUUUUUCUGGAUCUCUGGGAGGAUUGUGGCCUAGUAUUGUGGGUUUCUUUAAAAAGGCAGGAAUAUUCAUUAUAAUGAUCUUGCUCCUGGCCUUGUGUGCAUUCCUUUCAGUAAAAAUGAUAUUCUGUAUAAUUGGGAAAACAACAGGAUUAAAAAUAAAGCAGAAUCCCGAAUCCAGCCAAGAUUCCCAGGAGUCAUUCAUGCUGAAAAGGCAAAAUUGGUAUAGUGAGUGAUCCCAGGAAAGUAAAUAUCCUUGGGAUCAGAGGAGGGAAUUGAAAGGAAUGUGAAAUGAUGGAAUAUUAUGUGUCUGACAUUAGCUACUCCAUUUUGAGAUCUAGGAUUCCAUUUUAUAUAAUAUAGGUCUCUGUAGAGACAUUUCAAUAUGUACUUUUGUUUUUUG